UCCACACUUCUACUGUUUGACGAAAGUAGUGCUUGGAAAUUAUCUCACUGUGUGUGGAUCAAAUACAUAUUUCUAAGUCAUUUCUAACACGCAGGCGGUUGCAAAGAGACGGUUCGUUCGAGGCAGCCAGCCAAGAUGCCCUUCUGGAAAAACCAAACAGACACGGUCAUCAUCAACGAAGUGGACGAUGACGAACCCGAUUCGGUCACGGUUUCGAAGCCGACCCAGAAUUCGAAGCAGAAGAAGAGUGGGAAGAAAAAGGAGAAGGAAAAGGGAAAGAGAGGAGGAGGCGAUAGCAUGGCCGAGUUGUCCGAAGAAGCACGGGAAGGAAAAGAGGAGAAGGUAGAUUAUAAGAAAGACGCCACAUGCAUGGAUCACGUUCUCUUCAACAAGAAACUGCGACUCGUCUACGUCCUGCUCUUGUGCCUGCUGCUUGGUAUCAUUAUCCCGUACAUCAUUAGCUCCACGGCUUUCAAGAGUGAGGUUACCGUUAGCUAUGGCAUCUGCGCUCUUAACGUAUCGUAUAGGUUCGAGUGCGUCCCCGGGCGGCUGGUGAUCGGCGAGGACGAGUGCCACCAACUGGGAUGCUGCUACGACACGAACAAGCAGGGCGACACGUCCGCGCCGGUGUGCUUCCACUCGAUCCCGCCGGAGUAUCGCUACGUGAUCGCCAACGAGACCGAGAGCAGCGAGCGAAUCUACAGGCUGGGCGAGGAGAGGAAGCUCGAUCUAUAUCUCAACAACGUGAACGAGUACACGCCGUUCAGAACCAGGGCCUGGCCCCUCCGCGUCCUCAUCCAGCGACAGAAGAACGACAUCGUCCGCAUCAAGCUCUGGAACGAGGACUACGUCAAGGACACGAUGGACGACUUCCAGGAGGAGAGCUGCGUCGGCGCUUGCGAGCUCGACGUCGAGGUCGACGCCACGGGCGGGAAGUUUAACAUCAGCGUCCUGCGUCGCGAGACGAAGAAGCCCCUCAUGGAGACCAUCUUCGGGCCGCUGGUGUACGGCGAGGACUACAUGGAGAUCACGACGCGCAUCCCGACGGCGCACCUGUACGGCCUGGGCCAGCGCGAGCGGGAGACGUUCGAGCUCCUGCCCGACGCCGAGUACCGGCCGCGCUGGACGCUCUUCAACCGCGACGGCGACGCUGGCACCGCCUACGGCUCUCACCCCUUCUACAUGAACUUCGAGGACGACGGCAAGACGUACGGCGUGUACCUGAGGAACUCGGCCCCCGUCGAGGUGGGGGUCCUGCCCAUCCCGGCGCUGGUGUUCCGGUCGGUGGAUGGAAUCUUCGACUUCAGGAUCCUCGCAGGACCCACGCCGAAGGACGUGACCGAGCAGUACACCUCCUUGGUGGGCCUUCCCGAAAUGCCUCCCUUCUGGGCCCUCGGCUACCACCUCUGCAGGACGACCCUCAACGAGACCGAGUACGAGAGCGUCGUCGACCGCAUGGAAUCCGACAAAGUGCCCUACGAGAGUGACUGCAUCGACGCCAGCUCUCCUACCCCCGACAGGACGCAAGAGAGGGUCACCAAGAUGAAGGAAGAAGGACGUAGGUUCCUCUUCGUCCAAUAUCCUUAUGUUCCUGUCACGAGCGAGGCGUACGAGGCUGUCAGCGGUGAGAAAUUGCUCCUGAAGCUCAACAACAGUCAACCUUACUACGGCCUGAUCGAAGACACGGUCGUCGGGUAUCCGGAUUACUGCAACGAAAACGCCUUUGCCAACUGGAUGAACAAGACUGACAUCCGGGGACUUUACGCGAACGCUGACGGGGUGAUGCUCUUCCAAAACACGCCGCUCAACACCGCUAUAAUGAACUACUCCCUUUGGAUCGGCGCCGGAGACUUGGCGCAACUGCCCGAGAGGUUUAUGACACUGCAGUGGCUUAUCAUAGCCAGCAUCUGCUUUGGGAUCAUGCUACCGUUACUUAGCCAUAAAAGUGGUGGUCAGCCGUGUGAAAAGCAAUGUUGUUUGAACAAUUUUUACCUCAAGCACAAGGAUCUUGAAAAUGAAGUCAUAUCUCACGUAGAGAUGCCACACUAUAUUCUUAUACCUUGCAACCCCCAGAAGGCGAAGCAGCCUCUCGGACCUUAUCUCUUCAGACAAAACAAUGUUAACAUCACAAAUCAACUUUCAAUAACCUCACGAAGUCACAAAUUACAAAACCACACCACUGAUACUACAUUUCCUGAAUCAACAGCAUGCUCGACUCUCCCCACUCGCAACCCUUUUCUAAUCCCACUUCUACACCUCAUUUCUCUCACCCCCCCCUUCCUCCGCCCACAGGACCUGAACCCCAACAAACGCUUCAUGGUGACCAGCCUCUCCACCCACCCCGGCAGUGGCACUCUGGGCGGGCACUUCGGCGGGCAGUACCCAGCCGAUUUCGUGGCACAGCGCAAGAGUCUGGCGCAGAUGCUGGAGAUGGGGCUCUAUGGAGUGCCAUUAGUGGGGGUGCCUGUCUGUGGCAGCACUAAUGGGUCCAGCGAACUGAGAACAGAGUGGUGUCUCCGGAGUCACCAAUCUGCUGCUUUCUGGCCCCUGAUGAUAAGUCACUACGAGGAGGGACAGACGCCAAGGAAUCCACCCAACUUUCAGAGUGGAUUCAGCGGUCAGCUCGCAUACUUCAUUCGCCAAAGGUACAUGAUUCUCCCUUACCUCUACACUCUGUUCCACGAAGCUGCUCUGUCGGGCACCCCUGUUCUACGCCCUCUGUUCUACGAGUUCCCCAAGGACUUAGAUUCACGCAACAACGGAUUCCAGUUUAUGCUCGGCGAUGCCCUCUUAGUCACGCCCGUAUACAGUUCUCUCGUGGGUUCAACCAGCGUGCAGGUCGAUGCCCAUUUUCCCCCCGCGUCGUGGUAUGACUUCUACACAGGGAGUCUGGUAUCGAGCUCAUCCACAGGGGAAAACUUGGUACUUUCUACUCUGCUCACGGAUGUCAAUGUGCAUGUGAAGGGAGGGUCCGUCGUGCCGAUGCAGGGCAACCUUCAUGACUUCAUCAGAACCACCGAGGACCUGCGCAAGAUGCCCUUCCACAUCCUGGUCGUCCUCACCACUAAUAUCACGACUGCUGAGCCUACGACCACCCCCGCUGCUACGACCACCGCGGGAACGUCGACGGAAAAUCCGAAGGAGGUGAUUGAAGGACAGGAUGCUAUUUAUGCUGCGGGUCGCUUGUACCUGGACGACGGCGUGACCCCCUUGAGCCAGAACCCGGCGUCUCACACCCUCGACUUCUCCGCCGAGGCUGGGCGUUUCACCCUCGUCUCGACGGGCAACGGCUGCAAAAACAGUGCCGUGAGUCAGUACAGUUCGACGGUGGAUAUAAUCAGGAUCUUUGGGGCUCCGAAAGUGACUAAGGUGAAAGUGGACAGUGUCGUGCAUGAGGAUUUCACGCAAGAUUACGACACAUUGGCAAUCCUCAUAACGAAUCUAGGCUAUGACUGGUGUACAAAGCCUACCCUCACCGUUACAUGGGAGUAAAACACGCACGAGUUAUAUAGUUAUAUAGAGGUUUUAAGCCUAUUUUUUUAUAUAUAAUGUUAGUGGUCAUGAAUUGGUGAUUUUUAUAUGACACUAUGCAUGUAUUUAGUUUCGUGUGGUGAGAAUGUGUUUAUCGUAUGAUUCCAAAAUAUGUAUAUUUCUUAUAUGUGCAUAUAUAUAUAUAUAUAUAUA